AUGGCGCGGACAUCACGACGGGCGCGCCGUCGCUCUCAAAGCGUCUAUAUUCGGUUGCGUGGAAGCACACAUACCUUUUCUUUUUCACGGAGCGUUGAAGUGCUGUUUCGUUCUCAGGAUCCAAAAAUUGAGCUGAACACGAAGCGCUUCAGCGCAAGGCCCACAAAUCUGUGUCUGUUCGCCACCUGUAGAGGUUUCGCAUUCGCGUUCAUGACACAGCACGUCCUCCACGCAAGUGGUAACGUUCGCAGUGUGGCGCGUUCGCUACAGAGCUUCGCCAGCGCUGCAGAGAAGGGACGAGGAGACCAAUGA